AAUUGAUUUCAAUUUAUGGCCUGACUAUGCUACUUGCGCGGAAGCUAGCAGGCAGUUCAGUAAGGUGCGGUCAUUUCGCCAAAAUGUCGAAGUUUUGGACAAAGUUCCGGCUGUUGGUGCUGUUUGUGAUAUUUAGUGAUAGUGAUCAGGCAUCAACACCAGACUCCCUCACAUAUGUCGCUGGAGUCGUUGAGUUCAACCCUCCAAUAUUUAAAUACCGAAAUGAAACAAGCGCCCCAGAAUACAGAAACAUAAUUUUCUCAAAAGAAGCAGAAGAUGUAGAUAUCAUGGUAUUUCCAGAAAUGACUCUCAACACAGUUCUAACUACAACCUUUGUUCCCGAUCCGAAACUGAAAAUUGUUCCAUGCGACAAUGCAGACUACGAAGAGUUCCUGUCGAGUAUGUCCUGUACUGCUAGGGACAGCCGUAAAUAUUUGGUGAUAAAUGUCAUCGAAAAGGCUACGUGCACCAAUACCACCCAGGAAAGCAUCGGUGAUCCACGUCCAUGCAGUUCAAAUGGCCUUAACUCAUACAAUACAAAUGUGGUAUUCGAUAGAAAUGGAGCUGUGAUUUCGAGGUAUCGGAAAUGGAACCUUUUCGGGGAACUUGGCCGAAACACAACUUACAAACCUGAGUAUGGAGUUUUUGACACGGAUUUCGGGGUGCGGUUCGGGCAUUUCAUUUGUUUUGACAUCCUGUUCUACACCCCAGCUCAGGAGAUAGUUUCAUCCGGAGUAACUGAUUUUGUAUUCCCAACCAUGUGGUUUUCUGAGUUGCCUUUCUUGACAGCCGUCCAAGUUCAAUCCGCAUGGGCGUAUACCAACGAUGUCAAUUUACUGGCGGCUGGAGCGAACAACGCGGCUGUGGGAAGCACUGGAACUGGAAUCUACGCUGGAAAACAAGGAACUAUUGUUGCAACUAUGACAGCGAACCCCUUGCGGAAGCUUUUCGUUGCUACAGUCCCCAAAAAAGGAUCAAAUCUGGCUAUAACACCUUCAAUAGAAGAAAACGAUAUAGGAUCCCAAGAUUUGUUUCUGAAGCGCGACCAUAUCGAAUCCUAUAACACGUCAAUUGUUGACACCUCCUCAGAGAUUGUCAGGGAGACUUUAUGUCACGAGGACCUAUGCUGCGAUUUCAUAGCAGUCAUUAAAAACCAAACGGUGUCUGGGAACUCUAGCAGCUAUACUUACCGAUUGACAGUAUAUGAUGGAAACCGAUCAUAUUCUGGUGCAGCCGAAGGUUCCUUAAAAAUCUGCUCAAUAAUGGCUUGUACGAAUGCAACGUUAGCUUCAUGUGGUCGAGUUUUUACGCGAGAUGUACAAGUGGAAAACACUUUCAUUUUCCAGGAUAUCUUGAUUGAAGGAAAAUUCAGAAAUUCAGGAAUGUUGUUUGUGAUGCCGAACAGUUUGGACUUCACCUAUAUGCCAGUCAAAAAUUCGGAAUAUUAUUUGAAUAAGCAAGAGUACAUCAACCAUACAUACGCCCAAAUUUCUCUAACACAACCUAGGGCCAAUCUUCUAACCUUUGGCAUAUACGUAAAUGUCCUGAACAAAACUGAAAGUGGCGACACUGCCUCUAGUGCUAAGUUGAGCUUAUUAGCUUUACUUGCUUCCAGUAUUUUUGUAUUAUUUAUUAAUGGCAAUUUAAUUAGAUAAGAAUAAAUUAAUUUUAUAUAA